AUUUUGAGUGGGUACAACAAUUUUUUCUAAAUUAAGCAGCAUACUAGUGCAAGUAGCAACUGGCUUGUCUACUAUACCUGGGUAGGUGAGAGAGCGGGCGUGGCACUCAACUAAGUGGAUUCAGGAAUCUCAAAACAUGGCGAAAGACGACGACGUUUUAAUCGAGAAGAGUAAAGGUAGCCGCGGUAUGGAGAAGUUUUGUCUGAUCCUGAUGGUGGUAGCCGCUCUGGGGUUAAUUAUUGGACUCAUCGUCUACCUCGCCACCAGCCCUCCUUCAGAUACAAGUGAUUAUGUAAUAGUCGAGCCACAGUAUCCCACAAGUGCUGAACAUGCGUUAAAAAAUGGAGCCCAAUGGUUAAAAGACAAUCAGAUGACUGCGAUGGGAUGGCGGGAUCAACAGAAUGCGGACGCUACCUUAGCUCUCACACUGGGCCGAAUGUCCAUGUAUCACCCCGGUAACUGCGACUUCAACAUCAUGUCCAAGAGUCUGGAGUAUGAUCUCCUAUCUGCUCUUAUGAGGAACCCAGCACUUGAUGACAUCACAUGGGGACGCUCGCUGCUGGCAAAAUAUGUCAUGGCACUGAGAGCAGCCUGCAUAGAUCCCAAAGAUUUCCAUGGAUACAAUUUGAUAAGGAUUUUAGAUGAGCAGUUUAAAAAAUUUAACAAUUUCUAUAUGAAUCGUCGUGGGGCUACAGCCAUGAUAGCUUUGGCUAAGUGCGUGUCUGAGGAAGAACAAAAUAGUACCCAAAUCGGCAUUCUUCAGAAAAAUGAUGCAUUCACAUCAGUGGAUGAAGCCAGCUUGGUUCUCUUGGCAUUAUCCUGUGUAAACCAUUCCAUGUACUACUCCACGAUUUACAAGGCCGAGGAAUAUCUGAUGACACAGUUUGUUAACGGAAGCUUUGGCAACACCUACAAAACUGGUCUUGCUAUUCAGGCUUUGACCCGAUCCAACAGAACAGAUGCAAACAAAACCAUAGAAGAAGGAGUACUAUAUUUGGCCACGGAGAUACAAAGUAAGAGGAGCGGGAGACUGCUUGACUUGGGUGAAGCAUCCCAUAUAUUACCAGCCCUGGCCAAAAUGUCCUAUGUAGACAUCAAAGGAAAAUGUACAGAGCUAAAAAAACCUGGAUCCUCAGAUAUGACUGUAAAUGUCACAAUUCAGGUGGACGGCAAUGCUAUAAAUAGCAGCGUACAGCACACUUUCCCAGCAGUGACCAUUGACAAGGGUCAGUCUCUAUAUGCUGUCCUCGUUAAACUCCGAGAUAGCAGCAGCUUCACAUUUAAAGGUGUACGGACAUCAUUUGGCUACAUUUUAACUGAAGUCAUGAAUCUGGCCAUAGACGGGAAUUCUCUCCAGCACUGGAAUGUAUACCUCAGUGGAAAUCCUAAUCAACAGGGCAUGUAUUUGGAUAAGAUUAUACCUGAAAAUGGGUCUCAGUACAUUUUGAAAGCAGAGGCUUAAAUGGACAUCUUUCAGGGUUCAAAAGUUACUAAAGCAUUUCAUCUACUGCACAGUUUCCAACCAUGCCUACAUUUAAAUCUUAUAACUUGUAAAGGCAUUGGGCAGCACAAAGUGAUAGCGGUUAAUUCAUGUUUAUCAAGGAUUUCUGUUUUCCCAUAUUGUAAACUAAACUUAAACCCGUGAGACUAUGUUUAUAAUGUGUACUGACUCAUUUUUAAAUAUUCAUACAACUUACAAUCCUUUUUUAUGUUUUUUUACAUGUAUAUGUGAUAUUCAAAUGACACAUUUUAUCAAACAGUUAUAUUUUAUAUUUACAUUUAUUUUAACAAGAUUUAUGUUUGUUGUAUUUUUGUGAGCCUCGGAUGUAUAUUAAGGAACCCCGUUAUGCAUGUAUUCAAUAUAGGCUAGAAUUUUAUCCUUGAUAUACAUGUAUAUGUGUUUUCUCUCAUUCAUUUUCAUGCAUCAAUUAAAGUGUUUCAUAUAUAUCUCUAUAAGGAAUCAAUACAACAGAAUAAAGUUUCAAUUUCUGAUAAGCCA